AUGACAGGCUACGGGCACACCCUAGAAAACUUCCAGCACCCCGCUAUACAACAUGCGGAGACGUUGAUAAUGACUCGUGAGUGUCUCGGGAUUCCUAUGCUAGCGCUGCUCCAAGGAUUGAGGAAUUUCGAGGUGUUUUGGAGGUAUGGAACAUUCACAUUGAGGGAGACUGUCGAUUUUGUGAAACAUUUGAUGGAGGGUGGAAGAGAAAUUGGGUCGAGUUUCACGUUCGGAAUUUCACGGGAGGAAUUCGCAGAGGAAAUCGUGGAAGCCAUGCACCAGGAAGUGCCCGGUGCUAAGCUAGCAACUUUGGAAGCGUUGGAUGGAUGCAAGAUGUUCCCCUACGUUGUCAGCAUUCCUAUUGAUGAGUCAUCUGAGCUGAACAUCUUCGGGGAGGAAACUGAUGAGAAAAUUGGGAGUGUCAAGAUUCUGUUCAAUUUCAAGGUACAGAUUAUGGAGAUUGGAACUGCCAAGGAUUCAGGAUAUGUGUUUGAGGAGAAGAUGUUUUGCGACUUGUUCAGUGGAUAUUGA